AUGGAUCUAAUCAUGGUUCAGGCUCAGGCCACGAUCAAUGUAACCAUCAACACCGAUGGAUCAUUGACCUUGGUGAGCAGCAGUGGAAACACUAUUACCGUACCGUCGAACCCGAUACUGUCCACGGUUAUCGCUUACAUUCAGAACCUGCUGGCUGGUGUGACCACUACCACUGUUGCUUCAGUGACGACGACUGCUGCUGCCCCGACUACAACUAGUGCCGUAACUUCGGCCGGUCCAACGACUGCUGCUCCAGCCACAACUGCUGCUCCAGCCACAACUGCUGCUCCAACAACAACCGUAGCCGCAACCACCGCUGCUCCAACAACAACCGUAGCCGCAACCACUGCUGCUCCUCCCAAUGUUUCACAGGAGAGUCAUGAGGGAUUUGGUCCGGGAUUCGGUGGAUUCGGAUUCGGUGGCCGUAGAAUGCCCUUUUUCGGCUGA